AUGGCUGAUGAGAAGGAUGCCAAUGCAGGCGCCUGGACGAGGGUGCCGACCUGGGAUGGCUCGCCACAAACGUGGCGAAGCUUUCGCAAAGAGAUGUCCUGGUGGCUGGCUGGCUUGGACAUCCAAAGCGCGAAGAAAUACAACUUGGCCGCUCGCUGGCUCCUAAAACAAUCAGGAGUGGUCCGCCAGCGCGGAGAGGAGUUCGAUCCUCGCGACCUCGAGUAUGGGAAGGAGAUCAAGAUGCCGAAUGCCGAGACCGGCGAUGAUGAGGUUGUGAUGGAGGAAGAUCCUCUCAGCGGGAUCAACAAGCUGCUGACCGCCCUCGAGGAGAUGACUGGUCGGUCCUCUUUGGACAAAGGAGGAGAACUGAGGAAUGUCUUCUACCUUGAGCUGAAGCACAAGCUGUUCAAAGACCUUCAUGCGGCUGACCCUCUCUACCGCCGUUCCGGCGAUGCGGACCAGAAGACUCCUUUGUUGAGCCGGUUCCUGAACCAGCAAAGUGGUGCUAGCAGGGCUUCUUCCUAUGCUCCAUCAAUGACGAGCUCAGCGGCAAGGUCUAUGAGGUCAGGUUCCUCUACGGCUUCCUCCGGACGGAUGACGCCAAGCACUUCGUUCCGCCGGCCUUUUCAGAAGCAGGCCAUGGUGUCGGAGGUUGAGGAGGAGAUUCCGGCCACUGCUGAGGCCUAUGAAGUUGAUGGUGAUGAUGAGGAGGCCGAACAGCCUUCUUUGGAGGAGGAGAUUGAGGAGAGCGUUGAGGCUGCGGCUGAAGCUUUCCUGACCAUGAAGGUGAGUUUGAAGAAGCAGUCAGACAAGCGUCCCUGUUUUGAUUGCGGGCUUCCUGGUCAUUGGGCGGGGAUCCUGAGUGAUUUGAAGCCUGGCCAACAGCUUGGACGCAAGAAGAAGGUGGCUCCAAAGCAAGUGAAAGUUGCAGAGGCGCUGAACACGGAGCAUGAGGAGAUCACAACACCUGAGCACGAAGUGAUGAUGCUCCGACAUGAGUCACCUGUCCUCACCGACGCCUUCCUGUCCACUGUACAGCAAUUCCAUGAGCCCAAAGAGGUGAACGCUUUGGGCCUAGCACUGGACAAAAGAUUGGUGGGGGCGUUGGACAGCGCGUGCAACAGAACAUGCACGGGGGCUGACUGGUUGAAGGGCUACCUCCGUCGUUUGAAGUCGUCGGCCCCUUCUGAAGUGUUGGACCUCGUUCGCCACUAUGCAUUGCACCUCCUGCCGGACCGAUGGCCAGGAGGUUUGCUCAAGAAAACGGCCACGACCAACCAUGGCCAUUUUGUGACUGAGAGCAGCUUGCAAGCCGGCCGACUCGUUGUCUUCGGAUCGUUUUGGCUCGGUUCAAGCGCCUUCCAUGUCCGCCUUGCCUGCGGAUGUGCUUUUGACAUCGACUUCAUCUUCUACCAGGGCGACUCCGAGCUCUACUACCGGAGAUGCUGGGCGGCGAGCCCUCAAGCACCGGACCGGCAACAAGAUGGUGAACCUGUCACUGACUCGGUGGCGACGGUUCGGGAGUGUUUUUGUGGGCGCUGCCAAGGUCGCACUUGUGUUACUUGCCGCUGCCUUAUCCCUCUACGGGGACUCCGGAUCGCUGGCUGCUGCAAGGCCAAAAGCAAGUGGCCGACGGGCUGCAAGAAGCACCUGGACCUGGCCUACACCAUGGACAGGUUCGUCUACAAGAACUUGAACGAGUGCAGCCAUUGGAGAGAUCGGAUGGGUGCGCAGGCAUCUUUCUGCGAAGAUCCUGCGGCCGAUGAGAACCAGUUAGAAGGCGAAGAGAAGACCUACCUCCAGUAA